AUGGCUGUGGCUUCACACAGGUUGCUUGUCGACAUCCAUACGCACGUCUACCUCCCUCGCUACGCUGCAUUCCUGCGCGCACGCUCCAACGCCCCCCGCAUAUUCACCAGGGAGAAUGCAGAGGGAAAGACGGAGGAGAGGCUGUUAAUCCUCGACGGAGAACCCAGCGGAGGUCGGCCAAUGGGCCCCCAGUUCUGGGACAAGGUAGAAAAGCUCAACUUCAUGGAGAGACAUGGGAUUGAUAUCUCCGUAGUGAGCUCUGCAAACCCAUGGCUAGACUUUCUCCCAGCAUCCACCGCGCACCAACUGGCCAGUGAGCUAAACAACGAUCUAGAGGAAUACUGCUCUUCCUCCCCCAGCGCUGCCGGCGGUGAGCUGAAGCAGCUCUACGGCUUCGGGCUUCUUCCUCUCGUCCCCGAGGUGACAACCUCCUCCCUGCUCGAUACCGUGCGGCAAAUAUCGGCGCUGCCCCACCUCAAGGGCAUCAUCAUGGGCUCGCGCGGGCUGGGCAAAGGUCUCGAUGAUGAUGCCCUCGAAUCCGUGUGGGCCGCCAUCCAGAAAGCACGCCUAGUCGUCUUUCUGCACCCACACUACGGUGUGGACGGCAAAGAAUGGGGCGACAAGGAGAACGGCCACGUCCUGCCUCUCGCAUUGGGUUUCCCCUUCGAAACGACAAUAGCGAUUACGAGGCUGAUAUUGUCUGGCGUCCUCGACCGCUAUCCGGAUCUCCGCAUCCUCCUUGCGCAUUCCGGCGGCGCACUUCCCCAGCUCUCAUCUCGGCUUGCCUCUUGCAUCGAUCACGACCCCGUCGUCGCCUCUAGACUUAAACACGACGCCCGAUAUUACCUCGGCAAAUUGUAUUUCGAUGCGGUCGCAUACGGCUCCGAGGAGCUUGGCUUCGUGAGCGACGUAAUUGGCCGCUCCGACAAGUUCGUCAAGAGCGGCUCUUCCGCCGGGGCAUCCAAGGGGACCGGCGCAGCGACACGGAGAUUGGGAAGCAGAAGGAUGCUGUUCGGCACCGACCAUCCUUUCUUCCCGCCGCUCGGCGGGGCAGAAAAGUGGAAAAGUGUCGUUGAAAACUUGGAGGCCAUUGAUGGCGUCCACGGUUGGGAUGAGGUGGAUAAGGACGGCGUCCGAGGCACAAAUGCGCUCUCGCUCUUUGGACUAAGAUCAUGA